UGUCAAUAAUAACAACUUCAAAGUGAGCUGAUGACCUCUUUAGUGACUGACUCGGCACACAAUCACCCCUCCGUUUUCUCACAGCCUCCGGUCCGCUCGUGUUGUUUUUUAAACCUUUCAUUCAUUAAAGAGUUUUAAUCACACACUGAUAAGCACGAAAAAUCACUUUAAUUCUUAAAAUGAUCAGAACACGCAGAGCAGCCUUGAAGGCAAAGCAGCUGGAAGUAACAGAUCUGUCAGAGGACAGCAGAGACAGCAUCCAGUCAAAGAGAUCCUGGAAGCCUGAUGUUUGCUUCAGGUCCAAAAACAUCACAGAAGAGCUGGCGCAGGCCUUCAUGGACACCGAGAGCGAGGGCGAGUUCGAGGGAUUCUCUGUGGACGAGUGUGACUGGAGAAAACCGGUGAGUCAGAGUGAGGGCUCUGAUAACGACAGCGACGACAAUGGCUUUUAUUCUGACGGAGAGGAACCAGCGUCUAAAAAGAGGCGCAGCUCUGGACUGUGUGUUGCAUUCAAGUUUCCCACCAAAAGAGGCCCCGCCCCUAAACGGAACACAGCCAAAAAAGGCAACAAAGAGGCCCCGCCCCCAGCCCCGCCCAUCAGCAAGAAGCCUGCAGGAGGAAACAGGAAGCGGCGCGAACCAGAACAAUCAAAAGAGUCUACUUUAUAUGAGCGCAUGCGUACAGAGAGCCAAUCAAAACCCUCUGAUAACAUGACCAAUGUGGAGAGUCUACUGACCGACGAAGAGAUGCAGAUACUGAGCAAAAGAGCCAAGAACAUCGAAGAAAAUAAAGCUAUGCUUGCAAAACUUUUUGCAGACUUGAGUUCUUUGCCUGAACUUCCUUCUAAGACGACACCUACGAAGAAAAAGAAGCCGUCCACCCCGAAACGGCGUUUUUCAGAGGUUCAGGUCGAGAGACGAAACCCGGGCCGCAAGGCCAGACCCCCGGAGCAUUUUGGGAUAGAGGUGGAGGAGAAACCGGCUCCUCAGAAGAGAGAGAGCGGACAGAUCGACAUCAAACGCCUGAUGGAGGUUAAGGAGGGUCUGGGAGACGCUCGGCCGAAGCAGAAGAAGCGUCGCUCGCGUGAAUCCAUACGAAUGCCGAAGGACAUCACUGAAGAAGAGCUGGAGAACGUCGCCGAUCGCGCCAAAGACAAAAUCCUGGACAAGGAGAACGGCAGCACGUGCCAUCAGUGCCGUCAGAAGACCCUCGACACCAAGACUGAGUGCAGGGGCCUGUACUGCGGCGGGGUCAAAGGUCAAUUCUGCGGCCCCUGCUUACGCAACCGCUAUGGAGAAGACGUCCGACAGCUGCUGGAUCCCACGUGGGAGUGUCCCAUCUGUCGAGGAGUGUGUAACUGCAGUCUGUGUCGUAAGCGGGAUGGACGCUGCGCGACCGGCGCUCUCACCAGACUCGCCAAAUUCUACGGACACGACAACGUCCGGGAAUAUCUGGAGAGUCUGCAGAAGGACGUGGAGUGAGGACGAUCAUCGCUGUGACAGACCUGAUGGGAAUCAGACUGAUCGUUCGCUCCUGACACUUUUAAAGUUGAGCAAGAAAACACUGAGAGUUUCCAUCAGUGUUCAGCAAUGAUAUGCAAACCAGUCCUUACUUUUAAACUUCAUGAUGUUGUACUGUUUUUACUGAUUUUGUUUUAAUGAAUCAUACUGUUCUCCUGCUAAUUAAAGGCAGAGGUAUCAUGAGAUCCUGUAACAGAUGUUUCUGAUUACAGAGCCUUUUCUCUCAUUUGCACAAUUUGUGUUUUUCUCUGAAAUUUGUUUAUUGGAAAUUAGUUUAAAUAAAGGUCCUUUUAUUUCA